AUGGCGCUCGCCCACGCGCCAUCCACGGCGCUCCCGUGGUGCUUGUCACGCGGCCCUUUUUUGGCAAACCACCCGCUUCGUUCCUCUCCUUCCCGCGCUCGCUGCACGCCCUCUCGGCUCGCUAGGCACACGUCGGCGUCGCUCGCUGAUUCCUCUUCCCGCUCACCUGCUGUCGCCGUCCAAUCUCCGACCAGCUCGCGACUUGAAAGGGACUCGACGAAUGCCAGUCAGUUCCCAGCGGCCUUCACGGUAUCUCGCCGCCAGUCGCUGCUUGCCUUGGGGGCCGUCGCCUCAGCCGUUUGCGGAUGCGGCCUUUUCCUCCUUCCGCCUCCAGCCACCGCAGCUGACGGCGACUCGCCGAGCGCGUUACAGCGCGGUUUGAGUCGGUACAUCAAGAAGAAGAAGCUGGACCCGUUGGAGUCGUUCGUGCCGUCCGUGCUGUUGACGCGCGAGCAGCUGCUCUUAGUCCAGGCCGUCGUCGACGACCAAGCCUCCUCCCCCGAAGACCUCAACCAGGUGCGCGCCCUGCUGCGCGCGGGGCCCGCGGGCACUCUCCGCGGAGACCUGCGCGCCCUCACAAGGUACGCGGCGGAAGGCGCGGCAGCGGGGCUGGCAUACACGCCGGGAGGGGACGGCUACUUCCCCGGUAGUCCCGAGGCCGGAGCAGCGGCGAGCGCGGCGGCAGACAGGUGUCUGGAAGCGCUGAGCGGGCUGGAUACGCUGCUACGCCUGAACCAGCCGGACGGGCGCGCACGCAUGGCGAAGCAGGCGGCGGCGGCGGUGAGCGCGCUGGACGAGGUGCUGGCGACGGUGCCAGAGGCGAUCAUGGUGAAGAGUGAAGCCAUUGUUGCCAAGUACCUCGUGCCUGCCGCUGACAACGCCGCGGACAGUGCUGGGAGCGCCGAUAACGCCGCAGAGAACGAGGGGGGGGCGGACAAUGGAGGACCUGGGCAGGGAGCGGAUAAUGGGGCUGGGGAGAGUGGCUCACGGACAACUGAAAGUGUGCUGUACAAGGACACUACCUAUAGCUUCUACCAUCAAAGCUCCAUAGCCGCCGACAGGGAUUGGGGCAAGCAGCAGCAUCCGCUCAUGAAGUGCCUCAUGUGCCUUAUAGCUCUUCUCCUCGUCAUCUCAUCCACUUCCUCCACCUCUGAUCGGAACCGUCUUUCCUCCUCGAGCCGCACGCUGCCUCAUUGGCCGCGCCAUCAACUUGCGGUGCCUCGCGUGUCGAAUGCAUCGCAAGAUGGCCCGUGGAUCCCCUUUCUCCGCUCGUCGCGCCGCAUCCACCUCGCCUCGAGUGAUCGCCUGCAGCGGAAUGAACUGCCUCUUCCGCCUCCCUAUCCUCCGCCUUUAGCGCGUUUCGUCUCCUCGAGGACCCUUCUCUCCCCCUCCUCCACUGCCAGCCCUCCACCAACAUCUCCCCCUCCCCGUCCGCCUCCCCGUCCGCCUCCCCGUCCGCCUCGUCCGCCUCCCCGUCCCCCUCCUCGUCCCCCUGAAAGCAGCUUUCCUCAAACCACGUCCACUUCUCCGCCGCCCCGACCCCCUUCGCCACCCCCUUCCAAGCCCCCUCCCCCUCGCCCCCUUUCCGCUCCCCCUUCCUCCCCUCCACCUUCAUCUUCCACUUCCUCUCCCCCGCGCUCAUCCCCCCCUCCCCCGAAACAAUCUCAACCACCUCCCCCCAAACAAUCGCCCCCACCUCCCCCGAAACAAUCGCCCCCACCUCCCCCGAAACAAUCGCCCCCACCUCCCCCAAAGCAAUCUCCCCCACCUCCCCCGAUACAAUCUCCCUUGCCUCCUUCACCGCCGCCUUCUCCCCCCCCCGGCGCCGCCAACUCCACCAUUCCAAGCCUCCCUCCCGUUCCGCAAGCCACGGGUGCGAAGGGGGUGUUCGACGUGCGCUCAUUCGGCGCCGUAGGAGACGGCGAGACCGACGACACCUCCGCCCUCUCACGCGCCUUCGCCGCCGCCUGCAGCUACUUCGCGCUCUACCCGCCGCGCGCGACACUGCUGUUUCCGCAGGGCCUUAACUUCUUCAUCAAGUCGCGGUCCGUAGAGUGGAAAGGGCCCUGCAACGGGCAGGGGCUGCGGGUGCAGGUGGACGGGACGAUAUCCGUGGAUCCCAAGGGCGUCUCCCCGCUGACGCCCAUCAUUGCGCUCCACAACCUGCGCUACCUCGUCCUCGCCGGUCGCGGCGUGAUCGACGGCGGCGGGCAGGCCGUGUGGGGGCGCGCGUCGAAGCGGCCGUACCUGGUGGAGAUCGUGAAGAGCAGCCACGUGGAGGUGACGGGGAUCACGCUCGUCAACCCGCCGAUGAUGCAUCUGAGCAUCAAGUACUGCGCGGGCGUGCGCAUCCACGCGUUCAGCACGGCGAGCCCGUACAACAGCCCCAACACCGACUCCAUCCACAUCGCCUCCAGCUCCGCCGUCGUCGUCGAGAACUGCACGCUGCACGGCGGUCAGUGUGCAGUCACGGGGGGUACACUCACGGGUGUGCAGGGAGGCCAUCUGGUGGGCGCUGGCGCUUGUCUCAGUGAGUUGCGGUUCCUCACAACCCUCACCUGUCUUCCCCACCUCCCACGGCCCCCACCCACUCCUGCCGCCUGCCCUCGCCUCUCUGAACGCGUGUGCACGUGUGGCAGCAUCGGCAGCCUGGGCAGCAGGCCGAGGCGUGGGUGUGUGUCGAACGUGCGGGUGAAGAACGUGCAGCUGGUGGGGCUGCAGACGGGGCUGCGCAUCAAGACGUACCGGGGGGGUGAGGGCGCCGUGCACAACGUGCGCUACACCAACGUGCGCAUGACAGACGUCACCUACCCCAUUCUCAUCGACCAGUACUACUGCGAGAGACAGCCCUGCUCUGCCAAACCUGGCUCGUUGGCGGUGUUUGACAUUCACUACAAGAACAUCUACGGCACCACUAACUACACGCGUAGCGGGGGCAUCAAGCUCGCGUGCAGCCCACGCACACCUCCUUUGCUGAAUCUGGAAGACGCCUGGGCACCCGCGGAGGGCAGCACGGGGCUAUCAGGCGACUGCCGCUUCCUGCUCACUUCGUCGUGUGACAUUGCCGUCGUCCGACCAGCGGCAUGUGACGAUGGCGAUCCGUGCACCAUCGACCACUGCGUAUGGCACGCCGAUAGGCCAUUGCCUCUCGCCGCUUGCUCCCCUCUCCCCGCUUGCUUCUAUGCCCCCCCGCAUUGCGUGCACACUCGAAUCCCCAACUGCUCGCUCCGCAGCCGUUCCUCCCCAGUGCCUUUCGCCGACUCUCUAAUCCUCCGCCCUCCGCUUUUCAACCAUUCGCUCCCGUCAAACCUUACCGCCGCGCGCCGCGUGCACCAGCCGACCAUCGGCGUGGGCCCGCGGACCGUUCGCAACCACCCGGAGCCCCUCUCCCCCACUCCGCGCCUCUCGCGCCGCGUGGUUUUGCACAGCGGCGCCAGGCACCGAGUGCGGGAGCAGCCGCCACAGCCAGCGCGGAUCUCCCAUAGUGGGUCGGCGCAGAAUCAGGCGUGGGCGUUCAACGCAACGGCGUGCCCGCUCAACUCCUCGGAUCUGCACCUGCUCUACCCCUUCAAGCCGCUGCCGGACGUCCACCCGUCCGCAUUCACCUCGAACGGCAAACCGAACCUCCUCGUUGCCAGACGCCCUACCGCCACCAAGUCCUCCUCCGCCAUUCCCCCCGCCUGCUCCGCCACCGCCGUCUCCUCCGCUAAUCGUUCCAUCCCCUCCACCCCGUCCACCUCCGCCAUCACCGCCUCCCCGUCCUCCUCCGUCUCCCCCUCCUCCUCGCCCCCCUCCUCGCUCCCCCCCUCCCCGCCCGCCGCCCUCGAGAACCACGCCUACGCUACCGCGCAGUCCCCCUCCAAAGAAGCACCAUCCACCUCCCAGGCGUUUCCCCCCAAUCUUCCGCCGCCACCCUCCGCCUCCCAAGAGGCACAAGCCUCCCCCUCGGCGCCGCAGUCCCCCUCCCCCGAAACCCGUGGCUCCUCCGCUUCCCCCGCGCGCCUCCCCGCCCCCCCGCCGCAGACCGCCGCCUCGAAGGCGUCGUUCCCCACCUCCGCGUCGCCGCCGCUCCCCGCCUCCCCAUCGCCGACGCUCUCCGCCGCCAAGGCGCCGAUCCCCUCCCCCGACGGCAUCUACGACGUGCGCGAAUUCGGCGCCGUGGGCGACGGCACGACAGACGACAGCGGCGCAAUGAACCAAGCGUUCCUCGCCGCGUGCAGGUACAGCGGCACCAGCCCGGCGCGCGCGACGCUGCUGUUCCCGCGCGGAUACACGUUCUUCGUGCGGUCGAAGAACUUCGUGUGGAAGGGGCCGUGCAGGGGCGCGGGGCUGCUGGUCCGCGUGGACGCGCGCUUGUCCGUGUACCCGCGCGGCGUGCUGGCGGAAAACCCCAUCUUCAGCUUCCAGAAGAUCAAACGGCUGGUGAUCGCGGGGUCGGGCGUGAUCGACGGCGGGGGGCAGGUGGUGUGGGGGCAUGGGUCGCAUAGGCCGUACUUGCUGGAAGCGAAGCUGUGCGAGGGGGUGGAGGUCUCCGGCAUCACGCUCAAGAACCCGCCAAUGAUGCAUCUGAGCGUGGUGUACAGCAGCAACGUGUGGAUCCACGACUUCACCACGGACAGCCCCUACAACAGCCCCAACACCGACUCCGUGCACCUCGGCGUCGUCAAAAACGUCGUCGUCGAGAACUGCACGCUGCACGGCGGCGACGACAACGUGUCGAUUGUUGGCUCCUCCUCCAACAUCAUCAUCCGUGAUGUGCUCUGCACUGCUGGCCAUGGCAUCAGCAUUGGGAGUCUGGGCAAGGAGCACGAGCUGGCAUGUGUGUCGGGCGUGACGGUGCAGGAUGCAGUGCUGGUGGGGCUGCAGAACGGGCUGCGCAUCAAGACGUACCAGGGCGGGCAGGGCACGGUGCAUGGCAUUCGAUAUGAGAACAUCAGGAUGCGGGACGUGAGCAUCCCCAUCGUCAUCAACCAGUUUUACUGUGAGAGGAAGCCCUGUGCUGGCCACCCAGAGAACCUGGCGGUGUUUGAUAUCUCCUAUAAGAGCAUCUCCGGCACAACCAACUACUCCAGCAGUGGCGGCAUCCAGUUCGCAUGCAGUGACAGAGUGCCAUGUGGGAAGAUCACAAUGCGCGAUGUGAACAUUCGGCACAGCAGAGGGGAGGGGCUGAAGGGCAUGUAUCAGAACGCGUUUGGCACGAGCAUCAAUGUGUCUCCCAGUACCAACUGGGGGCGGGCCCUUUCCAGAUCAAGUGCCAGCAGCAUUGCAGUCGAACACAAGAAAUGCGGAGGGUGA